CAGAGGCACAGCUGGAUGACCCUCCCUUGUCAUCCCCAGAGGCUGUACGACAGGAUGGACUUUGUGGAAUGUAACAAUUACUUACAGAACCAGCCACAGAUGGGAGACACGUAUAGGUCCCUCAGGGAAUUUGAUGCCUUGGUUAAGUUGGUCACCACCACCUGCCUCGGGACCCCGAGCAUGAUGGCCUGGGACAGGGCUGAAGUGGUUAGGUUCUGGAUCUGGGUGGCCAUGGGGAGUCUGAACCUCAGGAACUACACUGCCCUCCAUGCCAUUGUCUCUGCCCUGCAGAGCCCUGCUAUUCAUCGUUUGGAAAGCACCUGGGGACAUGUUUCCUGCGUCUGCCUGAUGGUAUAUGAAGACCUGAAAACGCAGGACAACUGGGUUCACAGGAAGCGGCUGUUCAAGGAGAUGGAGUCCAUAUUGAGGGCAAGGCAGCGGGGCCGCAUGGGACCCAAGGAGAGGAUGACAAAGGACUUGAUCCCCUACCUUGGACUGAUCCUGGACGAUUCCAUAGACAAACACCUGGAAUAUGAGGACUUCGCUGUCAUCCAAAGUGAGAUCACCAUGCAGAGGAAGCUGGCCAAGGUGUAUGACCUGGAGCCCGAUGAGUGCUUCCUGUCCUUUGCCCAGGCCGUGGAGCCCCUGGAUGAGGAGGAGAGCUACAGCCUGUCCUGCCAGCUGGAGCCCCCAUGCCAGAGGGCCAGCAGAAAGGGACAGUCCUUCAGGUCCCACAAGAUUUAAACUUACUGGCCAGGGCCAGCUGCUGUCAUCGGGCCCUCGGCCCUGCUGGUGUCCUGGCUGCACGUGGAGAGAGCUUCUUCCCCUUAGGGCAGGAGGCAUCUGGCGCCCCAGGACCCCAGACUGCUUGCUGCUCCUCUUCCUCCCGCUGCUCAUCCUGAACCUCUGCUGGGCAGGUGCUCUGGCACCUCCUCCGUCCACAGACUUUGGCAUCUUCCCAUGCUGCCACUGCAUCCUCAAGGGCCUGUACGUAGCCACUGCCAACCUGGCCACCUUCGUGCUGUGUCCUACCCUCUGUUCGUGGCCCGCUGGACAAAGGCGAGCCACCCCACCGUGUGGAGGGUUUUCCCCUUCGAGUAGGUGGCCUCCCGCCGUGACGCUAUCUGCUGCCUGGGUGCCAUCAGCCACCGAGUCAUAGCCACAACAGUCCAGGAAGAGCUGGGGCCUGUCCUCACGAUGGCCAGCCUUUCCCAGGAUGGACACAGAGACGGCACAGUGCUGCAUGGGACCAGCGCCCCCUGGGUACCCAGUGGAGGCAUCCGAGGCUGCAGGGGUGGCUGGCUGUUGCAGGGUCCCAGGACAUGCUCCCAGCGGAGCCCCUGUGCAACUCCCUCCCCUCAUCCCUGAGAAAUAGCCUCCCCAGGCACAGUGUGGUCUUGGUGUUGUGUCAGAGGUUUAUGGUUCCUGGGGGUUGGGGUCAUCCCUGUGCAGAAUGUAAUAAAUGAUGAACGAUUGCCA